AUGUCACUGAAAACUGCUUCAGAAGUUCCAUCUAAAAGUAUCAACAUUGAAAAUGCUUAUGCAACUAUUAAUUAUCGAAAGAAGGCAUCAGAUGGUGGUGACAUGCCGAAAUAUGCAACAUUAUCAAAAAUACGAAAGUCAACAAAAUUUGAGCGUCUGACAAGUAAUCGCAAGCGAGAAUGGAUAGAAUCCGGUGCAGAACAUGGCUUUAUCCGGCUUUAUGCACCAACCGGAUCACGAUCUCUGAUUUAUCCAGUCACACUUCAAACAACUGUUCAAGACAUUUGUUCUAUUUUGG